GGGCGUGUCUUCAACGAUUUUAUUACUUCACUUCUUACACUUACUUCACCAAAGUGCAGGCGUCACUUCUAAGUUACUACUAAAAUGAUACGAUCUAUCCUUCAUAAAGGCGCGAAGCUUUUGAAUCCAAGGUGUCUGUCAUCGUCAUCUCCACUACCUCAAAAGGUUGCCAUUAGCAAGUUUGACCAAAAUCAUUUUAUUAAUUAUGAAAAACUGAAAGAGUCUCUUGAUGUAGUUCGUAAUAGGUUGAACCGCCCACUCACUUUAUGUGAAAAGAUAUUGUAUAGUCACUUAGAUGACCCAAGUGGACAAGAACUGAUUCGUGGUGAAUCAUAUUUAAAGCUAAGACCUGAUCGAGUUGCAAUGCAGGAUGCUACUGCUCAGAUGGCUAUGUUGCAGUUCAUUAGCAGUGGGCUACGAAAGGUUGCUGUACCAUCAACUAUUCAUUGUGACCAUUUAAUUGAGGCUAAAGUUGGGAGUGUGGAAGAUUUAAAUAGAGCCAAGGACCUUAAUGAAGAAGUUUAUGACUUUCUUUCUUCGUCUUCAGCUAAGUAUGGAGUUGGAUUUUGGAAGCCUGGAAGUGGUAUUAUUCACCAAAUAGUAUUAGAGAACUAUGCCUAUCCUGGGCUCUUACUGAUUGGUACUGACAGUCAUACUCCUAAUGGUGGAGGAUUGGGUGGUGUUUUGAUUGGUGUGGGUGGAGCUGAUGCUGUUGAUGUAAUGGCUGGAUUACCAUGGGAAUUAAAGUGCCCUAAAGUUAUUGGUGUGAAUUUGACUGGAAAAUUAAAUGGUUGGACUUCUCCUAAGGAUGUUAUUCUGAAAGUAGCCGAUAUACUAACUGUAUCAGGUGGUACUGGUGCAAUUAUUGAGUAUCAUGGGCGUGGUGCUGAAUCAUUAUCUUGCACUGGUAUGGCAACAAUUUGUAACAUGGGUGCUGAAGUUGGAGCCACUACAUCAUUGUUUCAAUUCAACCACCGAAUGAGUAAUUAUUUGAAAGCUACUGGAAGAAGUGAUAUUGCUCAUCUUGCUGAAAAGCACAGUGACCUUCUGACAUCAGAUAAUGGUUGUGAGUAUGAUCGGUGCAUUGAAAUUGAUUUAGACAAGUUGGAGCCUCAUGUUAAUGGGCCCUUUACACCUGAUCUUGCUCACACUAUUUCAAAACUUGGCUCUGCUGCUGUUGAAAAUGAUUGGCCACUUGAUAUUAGAGUCUCUCUGAUUGGUAGUUGUACCAAUAGUUCAUAUGAAGACAUGACACGAGCUGCUUCAGUUGCCAAGCAAGCUCUGUCUCAUGGACUGAAAGCAAAAACUACUUUCACAGUAACACCUGGCUCUGAACAGAUUAGAGCUACUAUGGCAAGAGAUGGCAUUGAUAAACCUUUCAAUGAUUUUGGUGCUAUUGUUCUUGCGAAUGCUUGUGGUCCAUGCAUUGGCCAGUGGGAUAGGGAAGAUGUUAAGAAGGGAGAAAAAAACACAAUUGUUACAUCUUAUAAUAGGAAUUUUACUGGAAGGAAUGAUGCUAACCCAGCAACACAUGCUUUUGUUGCUUCUCCUGAGAUUGUUACUGCUCUAGCAAUAGCUGGUGACUUAAGGUUUAAUCCUCUAAGUGACACACUCACUGGCUCUAAUGGUGAGAAGUUUAAGUUGGAAGUACCAGUUGGGGAAGAGUUGCCACAAAAGGGUUUUGAUCCAGGCCAAGAUACUUAUCAGCCACCACCGUCUGAUGAUUCUGAUGUUUUUGUCAAGGUUGAUCCAAAAAGUACUCGACUUCAGCUUUUGGAGCCUUUUAGUGCUUGGAAUGGUGAAGACAUUGUGGAUGCACCUAUUCUGAUUAAAGUAUUGGGAAAGUGUACCACAGAUCAUAUUAGUGCUGCAGGUCCAUGGUUAAAGUAUCGUGGUCACUUGGAUAAUAUCUCAAAUAAUAUGUUUUUGACGGCUGUGAAUGCAGAGAACAAGGAAAUGAAUAAAGUAAAAAAUCAAGUUACUGGUGAAUAUGGUCCAGUUCCAGAGACUGCUAGAUACUACAAGGCUAAUCAUAUUCCUUGGAUAGUAGUUGGUGAUUCUAAUUAUGGUGAAGGAAGCAGUCGAGAACAUGCUGCAUUGGAGCCUCGUCAUUUGGGUGGUGUUGCUGUUAUUGUUCGAUCUUUUGCACGAAUUCAUGAAACUAAUUUAAAAAAGCAGGGUAUAUUACCACUUGUAUUUGAAAACAGUAGUGAUUAUGACAAAGUACAACCUUCUGACAAAAUAUCUUUAUUGAAUCUCAAUGGGUUAGCCCCAGGAAAAGCCGUUCAAUGUCAGUUAAAACACGCUGAUGGAUCAACAGAAACUAUUACCCUAUGCCAUUCUAUGAAUGAAACUCAAAUUGAAUGGUUUCAAGCUGGAAGUGCCUUAAAUAGAAUGAAACAAUUAAUGGAGCAACAAUAAAUCCUAACUGGAUUACUUAAUUUAACUGAUAACUUUUAGACUUGUACAUGUAGCAGUGUUUUGAUGGUCAUAAAAAGUAGCUUUUGAAUUAAAACACAUGUAGCUAUAAUUAUGUCUUAAUUUAUUGCUGCUCAUUCAUUUUAA